AUGUUCGAGAGCUAUUACUCAGCUGCAGUAGAUCUUCUUCGCCAGUAUUUGGCAGACAAGAGCGUGCCUCAACUAGUGUCCUUCUCGGAUUCUCAGACUGUUUACUCUGUUAAUGGGAAGCCAGUAGUGCUAUCACGCAAUUCCGACUCCACAGUGUGUGUAAAAUUCGGGAAGGAUCCCGAUCUGCACUCAAUUGUCAUUGAAAUGACCCAAUUUCCUUUCAAGUUGCCUAUCGAAUGCAUACCCAGCAGUAUAUUGAGUAGCUUCACUAAAUUAAUAGACGAGGAACUUGCAGCAGCCCCAGGCUUCAGGGACUAUUUUGAGACGGCUGAGAGAAGAAUGAGUAGCUCUGGAAAACCAAGAUUGGGCUUGAAUGAAAGCAAUAUAACUCCUAGUCAGCGGGAUAGACUGAGUAUAGGAAAAGCUCCUGAUCAUUGUGUGCGUGGAUCUCCACCACGAGCUGGUUUCCGAAGACCUCCAGACAUGCCAGAUUUCGAAGAUGAAUAUGAGACUCGCGGUAAGUCCAGGCUUUUCGGAACAUCUGGAUUUCCUGUCGUUGGAGAUAGGGAUCUUCAUCCUGCUGGAACAGGAAGAUAUCCUUCGACAAAACCAUAUCUUGAUCCUAUGGGGAGCAAUCCACAUGGAGGAAUGUAUGUAGAUCCAAGUCAUCCAUUCUUCGGAAAUGAAGAUCUGCGCUCUCGUCCAGGGGUUCCUCCAGGGGCCCGGUACGAUGAGCCUUUCGGAGAAGGGAACAUGGAAGACACGGGAAUGGGACUUCCAGGAAAUAUGAGACACGGUCCUGGCCCAGGUGGCUUUGGACCACCGGGAGGAAUGGGAGGACCAGGAGGAUUUGGCGGGCCAGGAGGAUUUGGAGGCGGCAGUUUCUAG